AUGGUUGUAGAGUACUGCAAAAAACUCGCGAUAAAAUACCAAUCCAGGCCGCAGCAAAAAUGGACACCAAUCAAGCACCUCGGCACGCUCAACGGCGGCCUCAACGCAGGCAUCGCCCAAGUGCGCUGCAGCAACCCCAAAGCCCAAGGCAUGAUCUUCAUCGAGAAGCGGUUUGCAGCCCAGGAAUUCCAGUACAAGGUCGCGUACCGCGAGAUCCAGCUGCUGCACCAAAUCAGCGACCACAUCAACAUUGUCACCAUGGUCGACCAUUUCCUGAACGAAGCGGCCGCAAAAGCAGCAGUGUACCUGGAAUACUGCGACUUGGGCAGCCUCGACAAGGUUGUAUUGGAGAUAGCGACAAAAGGGUACCGCGUGCACGAGUGGAAAGUCUGGAAUUGGUUCUUCCAAAUCUGCGGCGCGCUGGCAUAUUGCCAUUUUGGGCCGCAGCCGGACAUGAGCGAUGACGAGGUUUUCCAGUCGGGCUGGAGCCGGGUUUAUCAUCGGGAUAUUAAACCGGGGAAUAUUCUGCUGACGACAGAGGGGGGCCAGAUAGUAGCCAAGCUGGCUGAUUUUGGCUGCGCCAUAUCCGAGGAUUACGUGGCACAGUGCGAAAUCGAGGACUAUGCUAAACGACAGCGCGUGUGGACGGAGGGGUACGAGGCCCCAGAGCACCCGUACUUCAGCGGCGCAUCCGAUGUCUGGCAACUGGGAAUCAGCAUCCUGUGUGUGUGUAUGGGUAUCUGGCAGCCAUGGAGUAUAAAGAGUAACAAAGGUGAGACAUGGGAUGAAGCGCGUCCGGCAGGACCUGGAUACUCGCGCACUUUAAAUUCGAUAAUCAGGCUAUGCUUGGUAAAGGAUCCUGUUCAGCGGCCGACCUCGUACCAGAUUCUGCAGCAGCUGGACCAAGCCAGUGAAGCAAUGGCGUUGAAGUUACCCAAGGACAGGUUUCCGCUAGAAAUAUUCGAUCGGUGAGAUCUAAUCUCGUAUCUAAUGACCUGUUGCGCAACAUUGGACAGCUAACCCACACGGCUGUCUGCGCUGUAGCCAAGAGUUCUAGCGUGUAUGCUCCAGAUUCGGGUGCAACAAAAGCAUAGAUCAGCUUGACAGACAUGGCUACUCAACUCUAAGUGGCGCGCUCUGGCAACACGAAAGCUCGUGCAUCAAUCUUCGCUCAAUGUUCUAGUCAUGAUGCACGCGACAUAGACCCUUCUAUGAUGGACGAUCUUAACAAGGACAGAAUCAGGAGAUCUUCGACGGGCGCAAGAUACGAGUCUGAUUUGCGUUGCCCAACUUUCAAGGCAAAUUCAGUGUUUGUGCCAUCCCCACGAUUCUUCAAGCUGAG